GGCUGGGGCCGGGAGCCUGUGCCGCCGCGGGGCUGCCGCCGCCGCCGCCGCCGCCGCCCGGGUGGGAGGGAAUACCCCCGGCUCCAGCAUGAAGGCGCUCGUAAAAGAUGUGUGAGCAAGCGGCGCGCUACUGCCGGGAGAGCGUCCACAGGCUCCUCCGCAAACAGCAGCCGCAGAUCGGCGGGCUGGACGGGCUGCUCCGCUGGAUCGUCACCAAGAUGAGCGACCAGACCAGCCUCCCCGACCGGGAACUCCUGCAGGAGGCCGCCGGACACGCCGCCUGCGCCCCCGAGCAGCGGAAAGGCGCCUCCGUGAUCCUGGAUAUCUUCAGACGAGCUGACAAAAAUGAUGAUGGGAAGUUGUCUCUGGAAGAGUUCCAGGCUUUCUUUUCAGAUGGGACUCUUAAUGAGGAAGAGCUUGAGAAGCUCUUUCAUACCAUUGACUCUGACAACACCAGCAACGUGGAUACUAAAGAGCUAUGUGAUUAUUUUGCUGACCACAUGGGGGAUUACGAAGAUGUUCUGGCUUCGCUGGAAACCCUUAACCUCUCCAUUCUUAAGGCCAUGGAUUACACCAAGAAGGUAUAUGAAAGAGGAACGAAUGUGGACCAGUUUGUGACCCGUUUCUUGCUGAAGGAGACAGCGAAUCAAAUUCAGUCCUUGCUCAGCUCUGUGGAAAGUGCUGUGGAUGCUAUUGAUGAGCAAACCAGUCAGAUAAGACACUUGCAUAGUAAAUCUGGCCACGGUGUCAUGGACACCUGGUACGACAACCCUGUGCCUAAUUACUCCCCCAAUAACAGAAUCAUGACCAAAGAGCGCAGAAAAAGUUUCCAAACUGCAUCUUCAGACACCAAGGAGGAGGGUUUGGAAGCUCAAAUCAACCGGUUAGCAGAGUUGAUUGGAAGACUGGAAAACAAGACUCUCUGGUUUGACCUGCAUCAACGACUGUCAGACAGCGAAAACACAGCCUGUGCAUACCUUCUUUUGGUACGAAAUGAGAUGAGUGUUUCCCAGAAGCACAUGGGAGAGUUCUGUGGCUCGCUUAAGCAGUACUUGAAAAAUGUGGCAGGAGAGCAGGACUGCUUCCAUGUAACUGCAGUGAGGCUGCCAGAUGGAGUAACUUUCAUUGUCUACGAGUUCUGGGAGAGCGAGGAUGAUUGGAAACGGCACCUUCAGACUCCCUCUUGCAAAAGCUUUCAACACGUGAAGGUGGACACACUGACUCAGCCGGAAGCAGUCUCCAGUGUUUCUGUGCCAGCUGCUUGGUGCACCCUCAACAGAGACUGACUGUGAGCAGGCGGAAGACGAAGGGUAUGGCUUGUGUCGUCUCUUCCUCCUGCCCCGGCGUGCUUGGCGCUUGCCCCUCUUUUGCGGAGAACAAAAAAAAAAAGAAUCCUGUCUUUUCUAAUGACUUUGUUACAGGUGUCGUCUUUUUCAAUACAUUUCUACCUGGAAAUGUUAUUUGCUUGCUGUUUGAAGUGAAGGAAAAACAGAUCUCUCACAGCUGAGCCUUCUGGCCUACUAGACACACAAUUUCAUCAGCCCAAAUUGACAAGAGCAGCCAGUGUUCUGGCCGGGUCCAUUCUUGACCACAAAUGUGCAGGGCAAACACCAAAGCAAUUCUCACAGUGGGCUAUUAAAUUGCUGUCUAUUUGGGGAUCGACGGAUGGAUGCCCCUGGAUGGGCAUCUGUAUCCCAGGAGACUAUUUUUUAGGAACAAAAAUCCUAUUUCAAUAUUCAAAACCCACUCUCCCUCACCAGGAUCUCAGGUUAGACUGUAAACUCUUUGGGGCAGGGCACUUCUGGGCUAUUGUUCUCAAGGGAACGCUGAGUAGAAUAACCCAAGCAAAACAGUAAUUUUCACGGGCUUACUUUUCUCUGAAUAAGAGAUUACUUCAUAUAUAGGCUUGGAUAAACAAGAGAGCCUGCUACUACCCAGACAGCUGAACAGGACAUUGCAUGAAAACUUCUCAGCAAGUCUGCUUGCACAGUGCACAUUGGCCCUGUGCAGGAUCCACCAGACUUAGCCAAUGGAUAUUAUUUUCACAGUUUCUCAUACAUACAGACACAUCCCAAGCCCUUCCCAGUGCCACACUGGAACAGAAGAUGCUUCAGAAGAUCCCAAGAGGCAUCACAUUUGCACCUACAAAACAGCACCCCAUCAGAAAUGGCUUCCCCCAUCACAGGAGGAUGCUUGUUUUGGAACCUCCCAAAAUGGUGUGCUAGGUCCCAGCAGGUGGUGGCAGCCAUUUUGUGUUUGGUCUCUGGGGCAGCCAUUUUGUGGUGGUACUUAUUCACUUUCAGAAUUCCAGAAGCACCGACAGGCUUAACAAUUCCCUUGAGAUUUCUAAAGCAGAUAUUUAAACAUAAUCCACGAACAAACCCUCUUUUGAUUUUUCUAAAAAAUCCAAAAUAGGGUUGCCAGCCUCCAGGUAGGCAUCAGACACACUAGAGUGGCGGUGUCAGUGUCACACAAUAUCAAACUGAAGAAUUUUACAGUGCGAAAGGCUCACAGCCAAAUCAUGUUCUAUAAACUGAUUCAGUUUAGACAGCCCUUGGUUGGGAGCCUUUCACACUGUAAAAUUCUUCAGUUUGAUAACCUCCAGGUAGGGCCUGGGUAUAUCCUUGAUUAACACCUUAUUGCCAGAUGAGUUCUGCUGAAGAGCAUGAGGGUGGACUCUGUGAUAUUAUACUCCACGGAAAUCCAGUCCUUCUUCAAACUCUGCCCUCCACAGGCUCUACUCCCAAAUCUCCAGAAAUUUUUCAAUUGGAGCUGGCAACCCUAAACCAAAGGCACCACAUUGCCUAGAUGGAGUCUCAGGCUAGUGCAGAGACCCUUGCUGCUGAAGAAGAAUAAGGAAGGAAGGAAGGAAGGAAGGAAGGAAGGAAGGAAGGAAGGAAGGAAGGAAGGAAGGAAGGAAGGAAGGAAGGAAGGAAG